AUGGACCAUUUCUGGCCGAACAACGUGUGUGGCGAGGGCAGCUACGGGGUGGUGUACAAGGGGUGGCUGGAUGGGCAGGCGGUGGCAAUCAAACAGCUCAAGAACCCCGAUGCGCAAGCGGCUCUAGAUGAGAUCGACCGGGAGGUGGAAGUACAGAAGCGUAUCGACCACCCAAACGCCGUCCGCCUCCUAGGUUAUUGUAGGGAGGAUCGCUCGCUGGUCUACGAGUUCCUCUCCAACGGCUCCCUGGAGGACCGCAUGCUCUGCGUUGGUGGCACGCCGCCCCUCAUGUGGCCUGAGCGCUGCCGCAUUGCCAUGGAGGUAGCAGCGGGCCUGCAGCACCUGCACACGCGCAAGCCGCCCAUCGUCCACCGAGACGUGAAGCCAGCCAACGUGCUCCUGGACGACAACUUCACCGCCAAGCUCGGCGACGUGGGCCUAGCGCGCCUCAUGGGGGACCUCGCUCCCGGCCACUCCCACGUGGUGCGGAAAUCCGUUAUCGUCGGCACAGAGCAUUAUGUAGACCCCGAGUAUCUGUGCGCGAGACGAGGCUAUCUCGGGCCGAAAUCCGACGUGUAUUCGUUCGGGAUCGUGCUGCUGCAGCUGCUAGUUGGUGAUGUGCCGAACCCGAGGAGAAUCGAUGCGGCGGUGGAAAGGGAGGAGCUGGCCGUGCUGCUCGAUCCGAGGGCUGGGGAGUGGCCGCCGAAUCUCGCGAUGGAUCUGGCGAAUCUCGGCCUUUGGUGCGCGGAAAUGGACCGCCGAGAUCGGCCGGAUCUGACGGAGGAGGUGAUUCCGGCACUGUUGGAAAUCUGUGAGGCGGCGGCAGAGGCCGUGGUGGAAUGGGAGGGGAAGCAGGAGGCUGUGAGGGAGAGGCAGCGGCAGGAGCGGGAGCAGAAGGAGCGGGAGAAAGCGAGGAAGGAGGAGGAGGCGCGGAAAGGGAAGGAGGCAGGGGAAGCUGCGAGGAAAGAGCAGGGGGUGGGGGGUGGUGGUGCGAAGGGGAAGGUCGGGGAAGGGAAGACGGAUGCGAGUGUUGGGGGGUUGGACGAUGGUGCUGCUAAAGCGCAGGGCGGAAUUUGGAUGAAGUUUGAGAAAUUGGCCUCUUGUCGGUAUCAAGCUAAUAUUGCUUUACCUUUUUGUUGCUUCACCCCUUCUCUCUGCUUCACCCCUUCCUCUCUGUUUCACCCCUUUCUCUCUGCUUCACCCUUUUCUCACUGCUUCACCCCUUCCUCCAUCCAUCACCCCUUCCUACUGUGCUUCACACCUUCUCUGUGCUUCACCCCUUUUCACUGCAUAAUCCCUUCACACCUUCUCUCUGCUUCACACCUUCUCUCCUCUCCUUCCUGCUUUUUCCCUUCUCUGCUUCACACCCCUUCUCUGCUUCACACCCCUUCUCUGCUUCACACCCCUUCUCUGCUUCACACCCCUUCUCUGCUUCACACCCCUUCUCUGCUUCACACCCCUUCUCUGCUUCACACCCCUUCUCUGCUUCACACCCCUUCUCUGCUUCACACCCCUUCUCUGCUUCACACCCCUUCUCUGCUUCACACCCCUUCUCUGCUUCACACCCCUUCUCUGCUUCACACCCCUUCUCUGCUUCACACCCCUUCUCUGCUUCACACCCCUUCUCUGCUUCACACCCCUUCUCUGCUUCACACCCCUUCUCUGCUUCACACCCCUUCUCUGCUUCACACCCCUUCUCUGCUUCACACCCCUUCUCUGCUUCACACCCCUUCUCUGCUUCACACCCCUUCUCUGCUUCACACCCCUUCUCUGCUUCACACCCCUUCUCUGCUUCACACCCCUUCUCUGCUUCACACCCCUUCUCUGCUUCACACCCCUUCUCUGCUUCACACCCCUUCUCUGCUUCACACCCCUUCUCUGCUUCACACCCCUUCUCUGCUUCACACCCCUUCUCUGCUUCACACCCCUUCUCUGCUUCACACCCCUUCUCUGCUUCACACCCCUUCUCUGCUUCACACCCCUUCUCUGCUUCACACCCCUUCUCUGCUUCACACCCCUUCUCUGCUUCACACCCCUUCUCUGCUUCACACCCCUUCUCUGCUUCACACCCCUUCUCUCUCAUUCACACCCCUUCUCUCUCAUUCACACCCCUUCUCUCUCAUUCACACCCCUUCUCUCUCAUUCACACCCCUUCUCUCUCAUUCACACCCCUUCUCUCUCCUUCACACCCCUUCUCUCUCCUUCACACCCCUUCUCUCUCCUUCACACCCCUUCUCUCUCCUUCACACCCCUUCUCUCUCCUUCACACCCCUUCUCUCUCCUUCACACCCCUUCUCUCUCCUUCACACCCCUUCUCUCUCCUUCACACCCCUUCUCUCUCCUUCACACUACUUCACACCCCUUCUCUCCUUCACACCCCUUCUCUCCUUCACACCCCUUCUCACUGCCUCUCCCCUUCUCACUGCUUCACCCCUUCUCUCUGCUCCUCCCCCUCUCUCUGCAUCACCCUUUCUCACUACUUCCCACAUUCUCCUUCUCUCCUCCUUCCUGCUUUUUCCCUUGUCUCCUUCAUCCCCUUCUCUGCUUCUCUGCUUCACCUCUUCUCACUGCUUCACCCCUUCUCUCUGCUUCACCCCUUCUCUCUGCAUCACCCCUUCUCUCUGCUUCCCAUUCUCCUUCUCUCCUCUCCUUCCUGCUUAUUCACUUGUCCCCUUCACUCCCUUCUCUGCUUCUCUGCUUCACCCCUUCUCUCUGCUUCACCCCUUCUCUCUGCUUCACCCCUUCUCUCUGCUUCACCCCCUUCUCUCCUUCACAUUCCUUCUCUCUCCCUCACACCCCUUCCUUGCUUCUCACCCCUUCUUUGCUUCACAUCCCUUCUUUGCUUCACACCCCUUCUUUGCUUCACAUCCCUUCUCUGCUUCACACCCCUUCUCUGCUCCACACCCCUUCUCUGCUUCACACCCCUUCUCUGCUUCUCACCCCUUCUCUGCUUCUCACCCCUUCUUUGCUUCACACCCCUUCUCUGCUUCACACCCCUUCUCUGCUUCAUACCCCUUCUCUGCUUCAUACCCCUUCUCUGCUUCAUACCUCUUCUCUGCUGCUUCACCCCUUCUCUGCUACACACCCCUUCUCUGCUCCACACCCCUUCUCUGCUGCACACCCUUUCUCUGCUUCACACCCCUUCUCUCUCAUUCACACCCCUUCUCUCUCAUUCACACCCUUUCUCUCUCAUUCACACCCCUUCUCUCUCAUUCACACCCCUUCUCUCUCAUUCACACCCCUUCUCUCUCAUUCACACCCCUUCUCUCUCAUUCACACCCCUUCUCUCUCCUUCACACCCCUUCUCUCUCCUUCACACCCCUUCUCUCUCCUUCACACCCCUUCUACCCUAAGGCAGCAGCCCUCCUUCCUUAG